UGCGCUUCGGCCCGGGAGGCGGAGCGGGAAGGCCGGAGAAACUAGUUUGUUGGCGGCGCUUCAGCCGUCUCGCAGCCGGAGUGAGCUCGGCGCUGGGGCGAGUCGGGGAAGAUUGGCUCACGAUGUCCGUCAGCGUCCACGAGACCCGCAAGUCGCGGAGCAGCACAGGCUCCAUGAACAUCACGCUCUUCCACAAGGCCUCCCACCCCGACUGUGUGCUGGCCCACCUCAACACGCUGCGGAAGCACCGCAUGUUCACCGACGUCACACUCUGGGCCGGUGACCGUGCCUUCCCCUGUCACCGCGCCGUGCUCGCCGCCUCUAGCCGCUACUUCGAGGCCAUGUUCAGCCACGGCCUCCGGGAGAGCCGGGACGACACGGUCAACUUCCAGGACAACCUGCACCCUGAGGUGCUGGAGCUGCUGCUGGACUUUGCCUACUCCUCCCGGAUCGCCAUCAACGAGGAGAACGCCGAGUCGCUGCUGGAGGCGGGUGACAUGCUGCAGUUCCACGACGUGCGGGACGCCGCCGCCGAGUUCCUCGAGAAGAACCUGCUGCCCUCCAACUGCCUGGGCAUGAUGCUACUGUCGGAUGCCCACCAGUGCCGCCGGCUGUAUGAGUUCUCCUGGCGCAUGUGCCUGGUGCACUUUGAGACGGUGCGGCAGAGCGAGGACUUCAACAGCCUAUCCAAGGACACCCUGCUGGAUCUCACAUCGAGCGAUGAGCUGGAGACAGAGGACGAGCGAGUGGUCUUCGAGGCCGUCCUGCAGUGGGUGAGGCACGACCUGGAGCAGCGGAAGGCGCACCUGCCCGAGCUGCUGCGGAGCGUGCGGCUGGCUCUGCUGCCAUCCGACUGCCUCAAGGAGGCCCUCUUGGGUGAGGACCGCAUCCUGGCGGACGAGCGCACCAAGCUCAUCCUGGACGAGGCUCUGUGCUGCAAGACCAAGAUCCUGCAGAACGACGGGGUGGUCACCAGCCCCUGUGCCCGGCCACGCAAGGCAGGCCACACGCUGCUCAUCCUGGGAGGCCAGACCUUCAUGUGUGACAAGAUCUACCAGGUGGACCACAAGGCCAAGGAGAUCAUCCCCAAGGCAGACCUACCCAGCCCGCGGAAGGAGUUCAGCGCCUCAGCCAUUGGCUGUAAGGUCUACGUGACGGGGGGUCGGGGCUCCGAGAACGGCGUCUCCAAGGACGUGUGGGUGUACGACACGGUCCACGAGGAGUGGUCCAAGGCAGCACCCAUGCUCAUCGCCCGCUUCGGCCAUGGCUCAGCCGAACUGGAGAACUGCCUCUACGUGGUCGGCGGCCACACGUCCCUGGCCGGCGUCUUCCCAGCCUCCCCGUCCGUGUCCCUGAAGCAGGUAGAGAAGUAUGACCCUGCAGCCAACAAGUGGACAAUGGUGGCCCCGCUGCGGGAUGGCGUCAGCAACGCUGCAGUGGUGAGCGCCAAGCUAAAGCUCUUUGUGUUCGGAGGCACCAGCAUUCACCGGGACAUGGUGUCCAAAGUGCAGUGCUACGACCCCGCCGAGAACCGGUGGAACAUCAAGGCCGAAUGCCCCCAGCCCUGGCGCUACACAGCCGCGGCCGUCCUGGGCAGCCAGAUCUUCAUCAUGGGGGGCGACACGGAGUUCACGGCCGCCUCAGCCUACCGCUUCGACUGCGAGACCACUCAGUGGACACGCAUCGGGGACAUGACCGCCAAGCGCAUGUCCUGCCACGCCCUGGCCUCAGGCAACAAGCUCUAUGUGGUAGGGGGCUACUUUGGGACCCAGCGGUGUAAGACCCUGGACUGCUACGACCCCACCUCGGACACGUGGAACUGCAUCACCACUGUGCCCUACUCACUCAUCCCCACGGCCUUUGUCAGCACCUGGAAGCACCUGCCCGCCUGAGGAGCACCUGCGGAGUCAGCCAGGCUCCACGAGUUUCUCCUCGGCCCUCGCUGUCAUGGAGUGGCCUUGACCCUGUCUGCGGAACAGGAAGCUCAGACCAGCCCUGGGCAGCGCUCCUAGCGGCCGGAGCUGCCCACCAGUUUGGGGAGCAGUAGCUUUGGGGCUGUCCUGAGCUUUAGACAGGAGAGGAGCAGACUCCACCUCCUUUGUGCCCACCCAAGGCCUCUUCAGGUUUGCAGUGGUUUGCGGGGGAAGAGGACCUCUGGAGGGAGCGUGGGCUGACCCUAGGACUUCUGUUUGGAGAAGAAAGUUCCUGCAGAGCUUUGGGUUCCUCUCUUUCAGCACAUCCUGGCCUGGGGCCUGGUGGGCAGUGUUCAAGGACCCCAGGUGCAAAGACUAGCCCUGGGGGGGGGUGCUGGUGGGGCUAGGCAGCCCUGGCUGGGCUGCAGGCCGUGCAACAUUGAGGGCACAGCCUUGGAUUCCAGGGCUGCCCUGUCACGGGCUAUGAUGUCACCCACACAGGGUGCCCCAGGCCUCAGCAAACAGGGUUCACCAGGAGUGAGAGCAGAAAGUUGCUGAGGAAAAAAAAUCAAGGCAGGAUUUUAUAAGAGGCAGAACCCUCCGUGAAAACCCAAGGCUUGAUUAGAAAAUGUCACCAGACUCCCUAAGGUUAAAGGGGACAUUUUUUGGCCUGCCCUUCCCCUCCCCCCCACCCAAGACCUCUAAGUCCCAACCCAUUCCCAGAGACUAGCCUUCCCUCGGCAACCCUGCCACCACCCAGUCCCACUAGCCACGCUGCCGCCUGGUGCGAUAAAAAACGCCCCCGACAUCCAACCACAUGCAGGGAGCCCGAGCCCCACAGCCGGACUCACGGCUCUGGGAUGGCUGGAAGCCAGCACAGGCGGUAACAUCCUUGGGGGCCAUCCCAUUGACUCCCCUCCUCAGAGCCCACCAUAAAGGGCAGCAGUGAUGACCACAUCUCCUACCAGCCCAACACCUGCCACCAGCCUUGGGGCUCCUUCAGAAGAGCAUACCUGGCCUCCAAGACCAGGAGCAGGUGAUAGCUGGGGAGAGCAGGGCACCUGCAGCAGGCCCUGCCUGCCGGGGCCGGAUUCAUCUUGGCAUCAGGGACAGCCACAGACCCACGACCUUUGCGUCCAGCAAGCACUGAUCUGGCCCCUUUUGCUCCCUGGAUCAGAAAAGUAAGGUUGGUCGCAAGAGGCUUGCCAAACCUUUGUUCGUUUUUUCACCUCCUGGGUCCUUGGGGUCCCUCACCAGCAUAUCACCAACAGCUGGGCUUCCCAGGGAGCUCAGCUCCUGCCAGGGGCUGCCUUAACACCUACUGUCAGAGUUUGCGGCUCAUCCCAGUGUACCAUUUAGGGAGAAGGGGGCUUGACAAGCUCUUGGUGCCAGAACCUGUGUACUCUCCAAGCUGCUGCUGUUAGAGUAAUGCUGUGGGGGUGCUUAAGGAUCAGUGGCUCCAAAGUGCACUACCCGGUUUAAUGACUUGCUGGGGGAGAGGGAGGGAGGGACAGGGAUGUAACAAGCCCAUUACUUCCAGAAUUUGUUCCCCCUCCUUACAAUGCCUUACUUUUGUGCAGGGGCCAGGCCUGUAGGCUUCUGGGGAUCUGGGGUGGGGAGUGGGCGUCUUAGCUGGGCUGGUCCCCAGUGUGCACCUGGCCACAUGUGGGCAGAGCCAAAAGCAAUUUGGCCUCCAGGCUCUCCAAUCCCUGCGGACUGUCCAUGUCGGAGGCUGGCUUCCCCUGCCCUCAGCUUGAUCCCAGCCCACCCCAAAGCCAGUUGGCCCCUGUCCUGGGAAACUGCCUUACCCAGAAGCCCCAUGAGCCACGGUGCCAGGAUGGCUGCCCUGACAAACCCUGGGCAAUGCCCUGUGGGUCCAGAGCACUCCCUGGCCUUCAGGAGGGAUCUGGGUGCCCAUGUCCCCGUUGGAACUGCAUAGUAGACAUAAACACACUUCACACAAAGGGCCUCGUGGUGAUGCUUUCCCUGAAAGUUGUGUUGCUUUGUUCAGUUUUCUAAUAAAAGAGUUGAGAAAAUUAUUUGCUUCCUUUGGGUGCUUGGACCAGUCUUGGGGAGGUGAGGCACGGGCAGAUUUAGGUUUCUUCUCCGCUAGCCCUGUUUGAAGUCUGCAUCAGCCCCUCCCCCACCCCGCAGGCCACCCAAAUGAGAACAAAUUUCCCUUGCUUUCUGGAAUUAUUUGAAUUAGCCUCAGAAGUCCUUGAGUUGGGGGCGUGUAGAAUCCUACACUGUCUGCCUCUCCUGACAGUAAUUUUUCCCUGAAAAACCCUUGAGCUCUGGAUUCCAAGUUGAAAAUGUAAUUCCAUCCAUUCCAAUGGGCAAGACAUUUAUGCUUUGAGAGCCUCCAGUUGACACUCAUUUGUGUGAAAGUAGCUCAAAGGCCAUUAAGGUGGACAUAAUUACUUCUGUAAUUAAUAUCAGCUAUCAUACCAUGACCAUACAAACUGUUUUCCUUUCAUUAGUUGCUCGAUAAUGCUCAUGUCUUCCUGCAUCUUCAAGCUUUUUUUGUAGCUAUUGAUGAACUGUAAAUGCAACUACUGUAUUUUUACAGAAAUAACACGAUAAUUUUUUUUUUUUUUUUUUGCCAACCUCACCCUCCCCUGCGAGGUAACUUCAUAAGUGUACAAGCUAAUCUUUGCAUGCCCACAGGUAAAGUGGGCAGAUGUGCAUUGCUUGAGUGGUCUCAUCUUUAGAGCAUCCCCGCCCUCCGACAGCAGGGGGCCCAAGGAGGUCACUAGGGCAGUGCCAGUGUUGGGUGCUAAGGUUGUCAACCCAGAAGACUCAUCUGUGCUCCAAACCUCAGUGGAGACUGCAGGGCAACUGCCCUUAGUGGUCCUCAGCUGUGCGGGCCCACAGACUCCAAGCUGGGCUUUGCUAAGUGUGAGGGGAUGCGCAAUUGCUGAGGUAAGGGUUGUUGUUAGUGGCCGAGGAGUCGAUUCUGAUUCAUGGCCACCCCAGAGGUGCAGAGUAGAACCGCCCUGUAGGGUUUUCAGGGCCAUGAUCUUUCAGUAGCAGAUCAAAGGCCUGUCUUCUGAGGCGCCUCUGGGUGGGUUUGAACCACCAACCUUUCGGCUAGCAUUUGAGCACUUAACCAUUUGCGCCACCCAGGGACUCCUCAAGGAAGGGUAGUACAUCAAAUCUCUCAUAAAAUUUAAUUCUUACCUGAAUGAGUGGGUGGAUCUCAAAAGUAUGGUGCAAGUUAACACAAAGGUGGAGAUGCCCUCUUAACCCUCCCCGCUGGCCUCCUCCCACUAAGAACAAGCCUGAGCUCUGGAUACUUGGCAUCAGAAGCUGGGGGGUUGGCCUCCAGUUCCCUGGGAAAACAGCCAAAAUAGUGAGGCAGAGCUGUCUUUCAUGUAAGUGUAAGCAGUCCAAGGCACAUGAAGGGGCUCUGCAGUGUUGGGGCCCAGGCUCCUUCUAUCUUGUUGCUCUGCCGUCUUCCAUGCAAGGCUUCUGUCUCUUGGUUUUACGUGGCUGCCCCAGCCCCUGCCAUUCCAUCUACAUUUCUGCCAGUGGGAAGGGGAGAAGAAGUGACAGGUAAGCCCCUUUAAGGGCAUGACCCGGAAGUUGCAGGCAUAAGACUUCUCCACAGCACCCCCAUGGGUGAGAACUUAGUCAUAUUCACACCUAACUGCAAGGGAGCCUGGGAAGUAUCCAGCUAAAGCUUGGGCUCUAUUUCUAACUAAUGAAGGAGAGAGUAACCCCAUCUGGUCUGGGGUUACAAAAGAACUGACUGGGUGGUCCCAGUGCUCUUGUGUAUGUAUGAGCUUGGAUAAAUCAUUUAGCUUCUCCGAACCUGCAUUCCCCCAGUGUAUGGGUUAUGGUGGCAGGGCUAACAGAAGGAAUUGAGAUAAAAUUUCAUGAAGCCCUAAAACCAUGCCUGGCACCUAGAGAGCCCUUGAUGCGGCGAGAAUGGUCACCAUUAGUGAAAUGGUGGAACUGGGAUUUGAAACCAACUGUUAUACAUUGAAUUGUGUCUCCCAGUAGUAUGUGUUGUAAAUCCUAAACCCCUAUACCUGUGGAUGUAAUCUCAUUUGGGAAUAGGACUUCCUUUGCUAUGCUAAGGAGACCGUAUCAGUGUAGGGCAUGUCUUAAACCAACCACCUCUGAGAUACAAAGAGCAGAUUAAGCACAGAGAAGGAAGCAUAGACAGAGGGGAAGAUACAGGCCAUGUGAUCGCCAAGGAACCCAAGCUGAAAUGAAACAAGGACCUCCGCCCAGAGCCCACAGAGAGAGAAAGCCUUCCCUAGAGCUAGUGCCCUGAAUUUAUUCAGACUUCUAGCCUCUUAAACUGUGAGAAAAUAAAUUUCUGUUAAAGCCUGUACUACAUUGUAGGGGAUGCCCCCAGUCCCUCCCUGCCCAGCAGGCCUAAUUCCAUGUUUCUUGGCUUCCCAGGGGUCAAACUGAGUCUGGGAUGGGGCUUUGGGGAGGGCAUCAGUGAUGGGGACAGUUCCCAGGAUGACCAACUGGCUUUCAUGGGUUGUGGGGCCUGAUUCAGAGUCUCUAGGUGGUGCAGAUGGUUAACAUGCUCAGUUGCCUACCAAAAGGUUGCAGGUUCAAGUUGACUCAGAGGUGCCUUGGAAGAAAGGCAUGGCAGGCCUGGUGAUCUACUUCUGAAAAAAUCAGUCGCUGAAAACCCUGUGGAGCACAGUUCUACUCUGACAUGGGGUCACCAUGAGUCAAAGUCAUCUCAGCAGCAGCUGGGGCCUGGUUCAAGAAAGAGGAUGGAGCACCUCCAAGGCUGCAGGACCCUGUGAGCCUGCCCAGCAGCAGCCGGGCGGUUCAGAAAGGAGGAUGGAACACCUCCAAGGCUGCAGGACCCUGUGAGCCUGCCCACGGAGGCCGUGUCCCCGGGCGGGGCAGGGAGCCAGCUGCAGACUGCCCGCUGCUCCUCAGCCAAGGUUUCCUGGCAUUCAGAGGGCCCCUCUUUGGUCUGGCACUGGCUGGAGAGGACUAGCCCAGACCCAUCGACCAUCCCUCGCUCAACACCCAAAGCUGUAAAUCAAAAUGAGAAAGGAAGGAAGCUUUUAAGAAGCAAUUGUCUUUAACGAGCGAGAGUGGAAAGGGCCCUUGUUCUUCGUGGUCACCACUGGGUGGGUUUUGCACACUAAGAAACUUCCAGACUCCAUCAUGUCUCAGCCCCAGUUCUGGCCCCAGUGGCUCCAUCCUGCAGCUCUCCUUCGCGUUCAUUUCCCUGGAGGCCAGGCAGCCCCAGCUGCUUUCCUGCCCAGGGGCAGUGGGGGCAGGGUGGCUCCUCCACUGGGAUAGACUCCAGCCCCACCUGAUACAGCCCACAGCACCUGUCCAAGGUCAGGCCCUGCCCAGGGAGCCAGGGGAGAUUCAGGGUGAAUGGCCCAGGGUGUGCAUGGUACUGCCCCUGGCUCUCACUUGCCUUGCUGGCUCCUCGGGCUUUGAGAUGUGGCUCUGCCUCAUUGACGGGCAAGGAAAAAGUCUGGAGAGGCCACAGGCAUCCUCAGCUUGGGGUUCAAGGGUUCAAUUCAGGGGGUUCGUGAGUCCCUGGGUGGUGCAAACGUGAACAGUUAACAAGCUCACUGCUAAAUGAAGGCUUGGUGGUUCGAGUCCACUCAGAGGUGCCUUGGAAGAAGGGCCUGGUGAUCUACUUCUGAAAAAUCAGGCAUUGAAAACCGUAAGAGGCGGAGGUCUACACUGACACACAUGGAGUUGCCAUGCAUUGAAGUCGACAGCAAUUGUUCAACUGGUUUAUGUUCUUGGAUGGGGAAAAAACCCUAUAUUUUCACUACCCCCUAACUGAUAUUUAGCAUUUUCUCCUACUAGGAAUGCAGACGACAAACCAUUGGUACCAGCAGUCUGUGACUUUGUCUCUAUGGAUAUUUUCAAUGACGUUACAAACACAGAUAUUUUCAUGUGACAUUACAUAUUGUAGAUAUCUUGAAAAACCAUUUACACUCACUCAUGUCUCCAGAUUACAGUUACUACGUCAGCCACUAGAUCUCGUAACCUAGCGCAGGUAUUACUAGUAAUAUCAUAAAUUUGUAAUAUUUUCAAAACAGCCUAAUAUUUGAAACAUUUCUUUUGUUAAACCAUACAUUACAUGUUAUGCAUUUAAAAACUUCCUGAGAGGGUGCCCACAGGUUUCACCAGAUGCCCAAAGGGUCCUGAGCACAGAAAGGUCCGGAAGCCCUGAUUUGGCAUGGGGUCAGAGCACAGAAAGGACCAGAAGCCCUGAUGUAGCAUGGGGUUUAGAGCACAGAAAGGUCCAGAAGCCCUGAUUUAGCCUGGGGUUCAGAGCACAGAAAAGUCCAAAAGCCCUGAUUUGGCACAGGGUCUAGAGCACAGAUAGGUCUGGAGGUUCUGAUUUAGCAUGGGGUCAGAGCACAGAAAGGUCCAGAAGCCCUGAUUUGGCACCGGGUCCAGAGUACAGAAAGGUCUGGAGCUCCUGAUUUGGCAUGGGGUCAGAGCACAGAAAGGUCUGGAAGCCCUGAUUCAGCAUGGGGUUCAGAGCACAGAAAGGUCUGGAGGUUCUGAUUUAGCAUGGGUGUAAGGGCACAGGGUUCCGCAGAGAGCUUGAGAGUCCCACCCAGACAGAGUGGCCAUGGUGUCUUUGCUCUGGAGGGAAGCCCUCAGCCCAGGACUCACCCUAGCCCAGCAACCCUCCCCUCUCUGGGUCCUGGUGGGGAAGGAGGAGGUGCACGUAGCCUCAGGCUGUCCCUGAGACUUGGACAGGUAGGUGUGGAGUGGGGAGUCUUCCUUGGUGGUGAUGCUGACCUCUUCCUAGGCCCUUCGGAAUCCUCAAGCUGUCCUGGAAUACAACUCCAGGGGACGCCAGUCAGGCUUCAGUGUGUGUAGCAGCGUAGGUCCCCAGCUCUGGGCCAGGCUGCCUAGCGCCACAUUUACACUGUGUCUUCCUUGUCUGAGGCCCAUCAGAGCUCCCUCAGGACAGACCUGGCGUGGGGACACCAGCAGGCAGGCAAUGGCUAUAGAGAGCUGCUCCCGGGUUUCACUUCAGAUGUUAUCCUCCUUGAAAGGAGGAGGGAGGCCAGCCUCAGGCCCUGGGGUCUGGAGAAGUGCUUGCUAAGUCUGUUUGGAGCCCUUAAUUAUGUGCACAUUUGCAGAUCCACGGAGGCCAGGAUCCUAUUUCCCAGAUCCGGAAACUGAGGUCCAAACAGGAUAUUAGGGCCCACCAGAACCACAGCACUUCCAGGUGGCCAGGGAAGAGCCAGCAGGUAGAAUGUAUACUUCGUCCCCUCUGGCUUCUUUUCUUCUUUUUCGCUCUUACCUGGCCACCAGGACUUCCUCCCAACUCUGUAAAAAACAGAUAUCAAAAGUUUAAACAUAGACAGGCAUAUAAAACAAAAAAUAACACACGUGAGGAACAUGAUUCUUAGUUCCAACAAACAUAUGGGACCAAAUGGGCAGCUUCUGUCCAAAAGCAAGAUGAAAAGGCAGGAAGGGACAGGAACUGGGAACCCCGGGGUAGAAAGGGAGAGCGUGCUGUCACAUUGUGGAGAUUGUAACCAAUGUCACAAAACAAUAUGUGUAUACAUUUUUUAAUGAGAAAUUAAAGCACGAUAAAAUUUAAAAAACAAACCAUAUGAUUUUGAAAGUAAAAAAAAAAGUUUAAACAGGAGGAGGCAGUGGAGAACCUAUUUCACAUCAAGCUCUCUUUACCCACCUAGACACCCGUCCACUGAUGUCAUAGACACCUGUCCACUGAUGUCAUAAACACCCGUCCACUGAUGUCAUAGACGCACCUCCCCUGAUGUCAAAGCGUGCUCCAGCUUUGGGGUAGUCCCCACCAGUGUAGACAUUCCUGUUGCUUUGGCUUUUUGUUCGUGUUUCCCAUUCAUUCUGUACAGAUGUGGCCACGUGCUUCUCACGCUCUUUUACAGCUGAGUCUCAGUGUGUGUGUGCCCAGGUGGCCUUGACAAGGUGCUGCAAUUCCCUGGGCUUCAAUGGCAGGUCUGUAAAAGGGGGACAUUGCAAGUGGCUAUCUCCUUGGGCCCUGUGAGAAGCAACUGAGUCAAGGACACAUGAGAGUCACAGUACACAAAGUCCUAUCGACAGUGCCUGGCACUCAGGAAACACUCCGCGCCUGUGAGCUGUCAUUAUUUUUGUUAUUAUCUUCAUUGUGGGCUUUAUUAUUUGAUUGAGCGUCAUGACCUUUCAUUAUACCAAGAUCCCAUGACUGGCUCAGCCCCGCCUACAUAUAAUCCAGGGGGAUGUUUGCUGUUCUGUUGGUUUGUACGUUAGCAGUUAUAAUUUAAUAUUUGAACACGAGUUACAGUUUGGAGUUCCUGGGUGGUGCAAAUGCUUAAUACACUUGGCUACUAUCCAAAAGGUUGAUUGUUCGAGUCCAUCCAGAAGCACCUUCAAAGAAAGUCCUGUCAGUCUAUUUACGAAAAAGCGCCCACUGAAAAUCCUGUGGAGCACGGUUCUACCUUGACACACAUGAGAUCACCACGAGUCGGAAUCGAUUUGCAGCAACUGGUAAAUUGGUAGUUAUAAUUUAGCUAAAUUAAAUAUUUAAUCUCAUUGCCGUGAACAUCUUUGUACAAGUCAGUUUUUCCGUCUUGUGUCAAUGCUUUGGGCUCUAUCAUAUAUCGAAGUGGUCGUCAGGGUCAAAGUGCAACACGGUUUAAUGGAAAAGACACAGGCUUGGAGGUCAAAGGUCAGGGUCAUUACCAGAUGAGAUACAGGCUCUGGAGCCAAGGAGAUCAAGAUUCAAACCUGUCAUCACCAGGUUUCCAGCUGCCUGACCUUGGGCAAGAUAUUCUGAGAUUAAGCUUCCUCAAAAAAAAAAAAAACAGAUUUACCUGGAAGGAUUGUUGAGAGACUUAAAUAAGAAAA